CAAAAAAAGAAAAAAAAAAUUUCAAAAAACAAAAGCGGUAAAGUAAUAAUAAAGUUGAAAAUCUUGAUACGUUGGCGAUUAGCAUUCCGAUUUGCAGUCUCCCACAGUUGUUGAGUUCCAGACAUUCUUUCUGUUGCCAAUUCCAGUCAAAGAUCCUACGGACUAAAAUUAUCCAAAAUUUGGUUCCCAUGCCCACCUUCCUGAUUCCGUAUCAGAUCAACUACAAUGCGGCAUGAUAGCGGGUCUGUAAUUCUUGUAGGGUUUUUAGGUUGUAAUCAAGGCUGAAGAAUCCAAUUUUCCUAUAGUUUUCGACUGAAAAAAUGGAGUUUACUGAGCCUUACAAACAAACUGGUCCCUGUUCUUUCUCCCCGAAUUCUCGGUUUGUUGCUGUUGCCGUCGAUUAUCGUCUCGUGAUUCGCGAUGUUCUCACCUUCAAGGUAGUUCAACUGUACUCAUGCUUGGAUAAGAUAUCUUAUAUAGAAUGGGCCAAAGACUCUGAGUAUAUACUUUGUGGUCUCUACAAGAGACCUAUGAUUCAAGCAUGGUCAUUGACACAACCAGACUGGACUUGUAAAAUAGAUGAAGGGCCUGCCGGCAUUGCUUAUGCUAGGUGGAGCCCUGAUAGCCGUCACAUACUCACAACAUCAGAGUUUCAACUGCGGUUAACUGUUUGGUCACUCUUAAAUACUGCUUGUAUACAUCUCCAAUGGCCGAAGCACGGGGCCAAAGGGGUCUCAUUUACCAAAGAUGGGAAAUUUGCUGCAGUUUGUACGAGACGUGAUUGUAAGGAUUACGUCAAUCUGUUGUCCUGUCACACUUGGGAGAUUAUUAGUGUAUUUGCUGUUGACACACUGGAUUUGGCUGAUAUUCAGUGGUCGCCUGACGACAGUGCAAUUGUGAUUUGGGAUUCUCCUUUGGAGUACAAGAUUUUGAUAUAUUCCCCAGACGGGCGUUGUCUCUCCAAAUAUCAAGCAUAUGAAAGCGGACUUGGUGUGAAAAGUGUUUCUUGGUCCCCUUGUAGCCAGUUUCUAGCCGUAGGCAGUUAUGACCAGAUGUUGCGGGUUUUGAACCACUUGACAUGGAAAGUGUUUGCAGAAUUUACGCACCUGACAACUGUCCGUGCACCAUGUUGUGCUGCCGUAUUCAUGGAGGUGGAUGAACCAUUGCAGCUUGAUAUGUCAGAGUUAACAUUGAAUGAUUAUGGCGUGCCUCAAAAUGAUGAUGUUCCUGAAACACGUAUUCAAGUUAGAUAUGACGUUGUGGAACUGCCGGUUACUCUUCCAUGCCAGAAGCCUCCUCCCGACAAACCAAAUCCAAAGCAAGGAAUUGGUAAGUAAGGAUUUCCAUAAAUGAACGGCAUGAGAGGGGUUUUAUGUUUGGAGAUGGGCAUGUGGUCCUUACUCGGUCCUAGUGAAAGAGCUACCGUAUACUCCUAUGUUUAAUGUACUUUUUUAAUAAGAUAGAUCUAAGAGUAUGAAUAAAGUUGUAGCUCCCUUUUGGUUAGUGUCAUAUUUUAAUUUCUACUAUGGGAUGAUAGUUUCAGAAAGAGAAUCGUAUUUAAAGAACGAAUGCUUACAAUUUUGCGGAUUCUAAAAUCUGAAUUAUGCACUUUCAAGAGUUCUCUCUAGUUUGUGAUCCUUAGUGUUGUGACCUAAGUUUAUUACUGAAAGUAAUUGCUCAGUUUGAAUGACAGCCUUUUAACUUUUGUAUAAUCCUCCUUCAAAACAAAUUUUUAGGUCUCAUGUCGUGGAGCGUCGACAGCCUAUACAUCUGUACACGGAAUGACAGCAUGCCUACUGUCCUCUGGAUAUGGGAUACACAACGCCUUGAGCUGGCUGCCAUCUUGAUCCAAAAAGACCCCAUUCGAGCUGUCGCCUGGGAUCCAAUCUGCACGCGCUUAGUUUUGUGUACUGGCAGCUCUCACUUAUACAUGUGGACACCUUCAGGUGCCUAUUGUGUAAGUGUUCCACUGCCAGACUUUUCAGUGUCUGAUCUAAAGUGGAACUCGGACGGGAGCUGUCUUCUCUUGAAGGACAAGGAGUUUUUCUGCUGUGCUGCUUUACCGGUGCUGGAAGAAUCCAGCGAUUAUAGUUCAGACGAUUGAUGCUGAGGUAAUGCAAACAAGUAAAUCUAAUUUAAGGUUGCACCGCAGAGUACCAACCAUGUUUGGAUUGCCAAAUCAGGUACUCUCAUUCUCAGUAAAUAGCACUGCUUGGUGGUUGCUUUCUAGGUGGAGGAUAUCGAACGCGGCUUUUCAUCAUGUUUACUUGUUGUAGUUGUAAUUUGUGUACACUUGACAUGAAGGAUUAGAAUUGUUCAACUAGAUAAACUGAAAGCCAAAUGCCUAUGUGACUUGGCCUAUAUGAAUGAGGUAGGUUUGCUGGCCCUCUGACUCUCAGAAGCCGAGGUAAAUGAACUUUCAUGGCAAUUUCUCAGAAACUUCCUGAUUUGGCUGUAGUAACUAGCGGAUACUGUAUGUUCUCAUCUUCCUGCCAAGCAUAACUUGUGUGACUCAACUGUUGGGUUCGUGGUUGAAUUCUUUCAGGACGAUAAGCCUUUUCUUGUAGUGGAGGACAUGUAAUAUGCCUUUGUAACUUCCAAACCUCAUAAGCUUGCAAGUACCGUAUUUACAGUUACUGGC